AUGCAUUUCAUUGAACCCCAGCAAGCAAAAGCAAUAGACUAUACUAACUUGUAUAAUAUGGAAUCAUAUCAGAAAAUUGCAAUUUUGAUGCUGCUGUUGUGUGUAGCCAUGAUUAGUAACAUUCUCGAGGUAUCAAAUGCACAAACCAUAUGCAACAUGUCCGGGGAGGGUCUGAUGGCAUGCAGGCCAGCGGCUUCACCCCCAACCCCACCACCUCCCUCGGCUGCCUGUUGUUCUGCGCUCUCGCAAGCAGACUUGCGCUGCCUUUGCUCCUACAAGAACUCCAAACUCUUGCCCUCACUGGGAAUCGACCCGAAUCUUGCCAUGCAGUUGCCGGCGAAGUGCAAACUUCCUCAUCCGGCAAAAUGCUAG